AAAUUUUAUUAUGAGUUGGGUAGGGGGUCUAUUUUACUCUUAUAUUAUAGUAUUAUAUUAUAUUUUAUAGCUGUAGUGGGAAUAUGACAAGUUAUCAUCCUAAAAUUCUACUCUUGAUAGACUAUAGGCACCCAAUAAUACAUAAGCUAAUAUAUACUCACAUAUAGUAAUAAUAUCUGUAUCUAUUGAUACCCAUUACCCAUUAACCACGCACCCCCAAGAAUUAUAUAUAGGUAUGUAUAUUGUAAUGUAUAUGUGCAAUGUAAAUUAUAUAAUAUGUUGUGAUGGUGCACACCCAUGAUUAUAUAUUUUUUUGGGUAUAUCAAGAAUUGUAUAUAGUAGGAUUUUUGUUUCAUUAAUUUGAUUCAAAAUUGAAUCUGGAUAAUAGCUGAGAAAUUGAGAGGGAAAAAAGUUGUUGGAGAUUUUGCUGUCGGGCUAUUAAAGUGCAUCUACAAUGAAUUCUUCAACAUACACUCAGUUCGUUGCCUCAAGAAGGAUGGGUAUAUGCGAGCCACUACAUCAAAUUGGCAUGUGGGAUGAUUUCAAUGCCAGUUGCCCGAGUACAUCGGCAACAAUGAUUCUCGAAGUUGAGAAAUGCCUAGAGGAGCAGAUACCUAUUAUGGAGAAAAGAUUAGACAAUGAGAUAGAAGAUACUUCGCAUGGAACAGUAGGGACUUCUAAUAGAUAUGAAGCAGAAACAAGUAAACCCAUCGAGAAGGUACUUCGACGUCUUGCACAAAACCGUGAGGCUGCUCGUAAAAGCCGUUUGCGGAAGAAGGCCUAUGUUCAACAGUUAGAAAAUAGUAAAUUGAAGCUGAUUCAAUUGGAACAAGAACUAGAACGGGCCAGAAAACAGGGUCUGUAUGUAGGUGGUGGUUUAGAUGCUAGCCAGCUAAGUUACUCUGGAACUGCUAGCUCAGGAACUGCUGCAUUUGAUACGGAGUAUGGUCAAUGGGUGGAAGAGCAAAAUAGACAAACAAAUGAUUUAAGAAAUGCAUUGUAUCAUUCUCAAAUUAGUGAAGCGGAUUUACGCGUUAUCGUUGAUGGUUGCCUGAACCACUAUUCUAAUCUCUUCCGUAUUAAGGCUACGGCUGCUAAAGAUGAUGUCCUAUAUAUCAUGUCUGGCAUGUGGAAGACAUCAGCAGAGCGUUUUUUCAUGUGGAUUGGGGGGUUUCGGCCAUCCGAGCUUCUAAAGGUUCUCACACCACAUCUUCAGCUCUUGACAGAACAACAACUCCGGGAGGUUUGUAACCUCACGCAAUCGUGUCAGCAAGCAGAAGAUGCCUUGUCACAAGGAAUGGUAAAACUCCAUCAGAUUCUUGCUGAGGCUAUUGCAGCUGGCCGACUAGGUGAAGGAAAUUACUCUCUUCCGCAGAUGGGGCCUGCCAUCGAGAAGUUGGAAGCUCUUGUUAGGUUCGUAAAUCAGGCAGAUCAUCUUCGCCAAGAAACCCUCCAACAGAUGUCCCGCAUCCUGAAUACGCACCAAGCAGCUCAGGGUUUUCUUGCCUUAGGGGAAUACUUCGAACGACUUCGUGUUUUAAGCUCACAGUGGGCUACUCGUCUUCGUGAGCCUGCCUAAUGAAGCCUGAGAAAAUCCUCUGCACGUUACUCGAGGAGUUUUGCCUUCAGAAAUGAUGCUGUGUAGUGUAAGCUAAAUCUACCACUUGUUUAUGCCAAUAAAACUCUGAAUAUGAAUAUAUUAGUUGUACAUAUCUUUUGAUGUACUGUGAAAGAGGAACUUCACAAUUGCAUUUUACUGUAAACCAAUAGGUUCCGUGAGGAUGUCGAAUUACUUGUCCAGUGUCUACGCGAAACUUGCAUAAAAGUUUUGUGAUUGUGCCUCUGUAUUCAAGAGUCUCUUGUGGUGUUAUGUCACCGAACAAUUUUUGAACGCAUUGGAGAUGAGAAAUUGCUAUAUAUAUAUAUAUAUAACAAUA